AUCAGAAUCUUGAGGGACAUCGGGUCGCACAACGUCUCUGCUACCAUCGCCGUAUUUGUCACUUGACAGCUGCAAGCCGCAUCCAAGUAUUCUUGUCGGACAUCUCUGUCGAACACACACACACACACAUCGAUGGCCACGCCCACCGAGGCUGGCCCCGCGCCGCCUCAGCCCGUCCCUGAGCAGCAGCAGCAGAAGCCCAUCCACAGCCUGGUCCUCGACACGGGCCCGCUCAUCAAGAACGACCCCCCCGUCAGCACCCUCCUCGCCAGGGCCGAGCGGCUGUACACGCUACCGGUGAUCCUGAGCGAGAUCCGCGACGCCGUCACCCUCGCGCGCGUCGAGACGACGCUCCUGCCGUUCCUCAUGGUGCGCGCCCCGCGCCCGGAGAGCGUCCGCCACAUCCGCGACUUUGCCCGCCGCACGGGCGACCUGGCGGUGCUGAGCAGGCCGGACGUCGACGUCCUCGCCCUCGGGUACGAGCUCGAGUGCGAGCGCAACGGCGGGGACUGGCGGCUGAGGAACACGCCCGGGCAAAAGGGCCUGAACGGGCGGCCGGGCGACAAGGAGAGCAGGGAUGAGCAACCUACGACAUCAGAUGCGGAGGCUGCGGUCCAAGAUCCAGUGGAGGAUGCCGCUGGUGCGUCGCAAGGCGAGGAAGCUGCUCCGUUAGAACAGCAGGUGGAGGAGAAGCUCGAAAAAUUGGACCUGAACGAGGCCUCCGUUGGCCAGGAACCGCUCGUCGAGUCAUCAGACGCCGACAACGUCCAAGCCCCAGAGGCCUCUGGAGAGAAGCAAGACGAGGUCGUGUCCGCACAGCAAGACGCAGAAGAGGAAGGCUCGGACUCGGACUCGGACGGCUGGAUCACGCCCUCCAACGUCAAGAAGCACAAGGACCACGACGCCAACGCGGCAGCCCACCCCUCGGGCGGCUCCUCCUCCUCCUCCACGCCGCUCGUCCUGCAGGCCGCGGUCCUCACCUCCGACUACGCCAUGCAGAACGUGGCGCUGCGCAUGAACCUCAACCUCGUGGCGCCGUCGCUGGCGCGCAUCACGCGGCUCAAGAGCUGGGUCCUGCGGUGCCACGGCUGCUUCGCCGUCACCAAGGACAUGGAGAAGCAGUUCUGCCCGUCGUGCGGCCAGCCGACACUCAUGCGCGCCAGCUGCUCGACCGACGAGCGCGGCAACUUCCGCGUCCACCUCAAGAAGAACUUCCAGUGGAACAACCGCGGCAACGUCUACAGCGUGCCCAAGCCCGUGCACGGCAGCGCCAACGGCCGUCACCGCGACGGCGGCGGUGGAAAGAACGGCUGGGGCUCGGACCUGGUGCUGGCCGAGGACCAGAAGGAGUACACGCGCGCGCAGGACGAGCAGCGCAGGGAGCGCCGCCUCGACGUCAUGGACCAGGACUACCUGCCGGGGAUCUUGACGGGGUCGCGGUCCGGCGGCAGGGGCGGCAAGCUUCGCGUGGGCGCUGGACGUAACGUCAAUUCGAAGCGCAAGCAUUAAAUGGGAGAAGAAGAAGAAGAAGAAAAGAAACAAGGCCGGAAUACGUCUGUCCGUCUGUCCGUCUGUCCGUCUGUCUGGGGGGUUAUAGCGUAAUGUUGCUACGACUUUCAAUCGGCACCCAUCACCAUCAUCACCAUCAUCAUCAUAGAGGCGUACGUGGGCAUACAAGGGCGAAAUGCUCGUAAAUUGCAUUACAUUGCAUUGCAUCUGAUUUGAA